AUGCUAAUCGAACACUUUAAUACGAGUAAUCAGUCAAUUCCAACUUAUGAAAGGCAUGAGAGUUUUGUGCAGGAUAUCGGUAUACCUGAUUGCAAUAUGGUAAUGACUUUGCCUCCCGACGAACGCUGCGCCUUCGUUACGGAUACGGAAUACUGUCAAGAUGAUAUUUUUAUCCUAGAUUAUACAUAUUUUUUCUAUUGUAGCAUAGACACCUCUAAAAUCUUUGUGUUCCUCUUCGGAGAACUUGUUCUCAUAUGUGGAAGCUUUUUGUUGUUUCUUAUACUAGGUUCCACUACGGACGGCUUUUUUUGCCCAUGUUUGAAGGUGUUAUGCGAUAUUUUGGGUUUAAAUGAGAAUGUUGCUGGCGUUACACUGUUGGCGUUUGGCAAUUGUGCGCCGGAUAUGAUAACUGGUCUAACUGGUCUUGCUUCUCAAACUCGUAUCAUUUAUACGGAUGUUUUAGGUUCAGCCAUGUUUGUGACAUUUUUUGUGGGUGGUGUUAUUAUGUCCCUUGUGCCAUUUGUCAUACAGCCAACCACCUUUCUACGUGAUACUUGUUUUCUAUUAUUUGACGUGGUUUUUCUACAUUAUUGCUUUAGUUCUGAUCUUUCGGUAUCACUAGCCGAAGCUAUAGGUAUAACAAGCAUAUAUCUUUUUUAUAUUUUCACCGUGGUCUUCGAUCAGUACUUAUCUAGAAAAAGAAUUAAAGAACAACUUCGGAGGAAUACUGAGUUUGUAUCAUCAAUUCAUCUGUUGCUAUCUCAAGCCGAAGAAGAAGAACAGGAGGAGUUGCCACCGGAAGAAGAAGAAGAAGAUGUAACGGGAGAACUAUUUCGACAAUUGUUUUACAGUCUUAACCCUAUAGAUGUAACUGAUUGGUUAGAGUCUGGUCGGAUGGGGAAAACCGUCAUGCUGAUGAAGGCACCUGUUUUGGUGUUUUUGAAAGCGGUUAUACCUGUAGUAGAUUAUGAAAUUGACGGUAAUGGUUGGUCGAAACUACUAAAUUGUAUUCAAAUAGUUUUGCUACCGCUGCUUUUAAUUUACGCAAUAGUGGAAAGUGGAACCUUAGUUAGUGGUGUUCUAUAUGGUGUGGCUGCUUUCACUACCAUCCCACUUGCUGUAUAUGUUUUUAAACAUACUACUGUUAACGAGGUGCCCAAAUAUCAUCGGUUUCUAGCGGCUUACGCGGGAAUUGGAUCGAUGUUUAUGAUAUAUAACUGCGCUGCUGAAAUUGUAAGCAUUUUAGGCGUUUUGGGCAUUACCACUCACCGUAGCAGCUCUUUUCUCGGUUGUACUUUGUUAGCUUGGGGUAAUAGCGUCGGAGACUUGGUGGCUAACAUAUCAUUAUCUCGUAACGGUUAUGAGAAAAUGGGGUUUGCUGCUUGUUUUGGCGGACCUUUGUUCACUAGCUUAUUCGGAAUUGGAAUUGCCAUGAUGUAUAGUGCUGGUACUAGCCCUGAUUAUGCAACCGAUAAAAUGAAAGUUGGUGUAGGAGCGAUGGGAGAGACGCUGAACACUUUUAUGGUCAUCAUGUUGUCACUGUUAAUAUGUGCUGGCUUUUUCACAAAUUUCAUAUGUCGUCGAAGUAUGGGCCUGUUUAUGAUAUCAUCCUAUCUUAUUUUCGUUAUUUUUUCUAUAUUAAUGGAAUUUCAAGUGAUACAUCCAUUCGGCAGCGAGCAUCGUUUUCAACCACCGCCAGAAAGUAUUGGUUAA